AUGAGUAUUAUUUACAUUCAAGAGUCAGCUACUCGUGGCAAAGUUGUUUUAGAUACAACUGUUGGUGAUAUUGAAAUUAAUGCCCAUUAUGAUUAUUAUGAUGGUACAGUUUUUCAUCGAGUUGUACCAAAUUUUAUUGCACAAGCUGGUGAUCCAACUGGAACAGGUGAAGGACAUGAAUCAGCAACUGGUGAAUUCUUUGCAGAUGAAUUUCAUACACGUUUACGUUUUAAUCGCCGUGGUCUUGUUGGUAUGGUUAAUCAAGGACCAAAUACUAAUGCUAGUCAAUUCUUUUUUACUUUGGGUAGUACUCCAGAACUUGAUAAAAAGAAUACAUUAUUUGGCAAAGUUGUUGGUAAUAUAUUAUUUAAUAUGUUGAAAUUAGGUGAAGGAGAAAUUAUUGGUGAAAUACCAGUACAUAAACAUAAAAUAAUUAAAGCAGAAGUUAUAUCAAAUCCAUUUGAUAAUAUGAUAUCUCGAUCUCGAGCUAAAUCACAAAUGAUUGAUGAUGAUAAUGAUGAAAUAAAU